CGCCCUAAUGUCACAAAGACGAUCUCAUCAUCCAGGUUAUGUUCAAUCCAGUUUGCGAAAGUGUGUGAAGCCCAGAGAGGUUAAUUCAGAGACUUGUCUCUACUUAAUUGUUUAAAAUGUCCUCUACCGCGAGGCACACAGAGUUUCCGCUGGAGGCGGUCAAGGUGCAGGGCCCCACUUACCUGAAAGCAGCCUUGACGAGCUGCACCGACCCUCUGAAGGCCAUCGAAGAGUUCCAGGUCACUAACGGGAUCCUGCUGCCGUCGCUGCGCCCCAUGUUGCCCCUGUUGGACCUGCACGGUGUCCGACGCCUGGACUUCCACAUGUCUGUUGUUGAGGCGCUUCGCGACAAGCUGACGGGGCAUAUAAAUGAAAUUGGCAAAACCGAGGGCAAGGAACGCGACCUGAAACUGAAGGAGUUGCUAGGGAAGAGUUUUCCGGUGAUCAAAGUGAAGGCGCUGCGCCCCAUUGUGAUGACCAUCCUGAAAAACAUUCCCCAGAUUGAGGACCAUUUUUUGAAGGUGCUGGUCAGGGAUAGGGAGUUGUACAACGACACAGACACUGAAGUGAAGCGGCAGAUUUGGAAGGAUAAUCAGUCUUUGUUUGGGGACGAGGUGUCCCCGUUGUUGAGCCAAUACAUAACUGAAAAGGAAAACGUGCUGUUUGACCACCACAAUUUGAACACGCAGUUCUUCGGACCGUCGCCGAAGGUGCGUCGGCAGGGCGAAGUUGUUCAAAAAUUGGCGCACAUGAUUGGUAACAGCGUCAAAUUGUAUGACAUGGUGCUGCAGUUCUUGCGCACCCUUUUCCUGCGAACCCGCAUUGUACACUAUUGCACCCUGCGGGCCGAACUGCUGAUGGCCCUGCACGACUUGGAAGUGCAAGACAUCAUUUCCAUCGAUCCAUGCCACAAAUUUACGUGGUGUUUGGACGCCUGCAUCCGGGAGAAGAACGUGGACAUUAAACGUUCCAGGGAACUGCAGGGAUUUUUGGACAACGUGAAACGCGGCCAGGAGCAAGUGCUGGGCGAUUUGUCCAUGACGCUUUGCGACCCAUACGCGAUAAACUUUUUGGCGCUGUCGGCAGUCAAGAUUCUGCAUCACCUAAUCCACAACGAGAGCCUGCCGCGGGACAACACCAUUUUGAUCCUGCUGCUGCGGAUGUUGGCUUUAGGCUUGAGUGCGUGGGUGAUGAUCGAUUCGCAGGACUUCAAAGAGCCGAAGCUGGACAGCCAAGUGGUGACAAAGUUCCUGCCGGCUCUCAUGAGCCUGAUGGUGGACGACCAGGUGCGCCAGUUGUCCGGAAAGUUGCCCCCCGAUGAGCGCGAGGCCGCGAUAACGGUAAUUGAGCAUGCGGGGCCUUUGCCUGAUGCAGUCGAGGCUUAUAUUCAAGACAGCACUGUGGCCAGCAUCCUAGCGAUGUACUAUACGCUGCAUGUCGCCAAAGCUAAAGAUCGCGUCGGCCUGCUGCGGAUCUUGACUGUUCUGGCCAAUUGCAAGGACGACAGGGCGUUCGAGGACCCUUUUCUGCACUCUCUGGUGCAUCUGCUGAUUAGCAAUCCUGACGAGUUUCAAGCCGAAGACUUCUGCACGGCGCUCUUUGACGAGUUCUUUUCCGCCGGUCUCCAAAGAGACAACGUCACUAGGCAUCUGUUGAAGCUCUUAUGGUACGUUCACGGUAAACUGCCGGCCACUCGGCUGCAGGCGCUGCUUAAAACAGUGGCCCCCACUCAUCAGCACAGCGAAAAGGUGCACAAUCUCUACAAGCUGCUGCAGGAGAAGAUUAACGCCCAAGAAGAGACAGUGCUGCCGGUGGAAAUGGACAUUGAUGUCAAUUCGCCUCUGAUGAGCGUGCCUACUCCUGCUCCGUAUCAUCAUAUUAUUUAGAGACCUUCAGGGCAUUCUUCUUCACCCAUUCCUCCUAUCUGAUGUGAUUUUACAAUACAACAACUAUAUAAUUGUU